AGAAUAAUAGGAUUACGCCAUUUAACUGAAUCAUCCCACUUUCCGACAAUCGCGAGGCGGAAAGUAGGAGAGAGAAACAAACAAACAGACGAAAUCUUCACCAAAAAGCGUAGAAAUUGAAAACCUCUCUACCAUGGCGGUGCUUCAAAUUCAAUGAAUUCCGAUCUCAUGCAUUUACUGCCUCAAUUCCAAUGGAAAUGCCCGGCCGCCGCUCCAAUUACACCUUGCUGAGCCAAAUUCCCGACGACCCGCCCUUCCUCCCCGCGCCGCCCAAAUUCUCAGCCGCCAACCCGCCUCCGCAGCCCUACUACUACGAAUCGCACUCCGCCGACACUAGCAAGCUCAAAUCCGACCGAAUAGGUGGAUCGGCCGCCGCAUACGACUGGGACGCGAUCGAUCAGCGGAUGAUUUCGCAGCAGAGCCGGAUCGGAGCGACCUCGUUCGCCGGCGGCUCCUUCGGCUUGCAGAGGCAGUCGAGUGGUAGCAGCUUCGGCGAGAGCUCGAUCUCGGGGGACUAUUACCCGCCCUCGCUGUCGAAUCCGGAGGGGGUUUUUAGUCAUUUCAGCGACGGCGGCAGUGAUUUGAGGGUGAAGGCGGCGGAGGCAUCGGGAAGGAGCUCGUCUCGGAAGAGCUGGGCGCAGCAGACGGAGGAGAGCUACCAAUUGCAGCUGGCGUUGGCUCUUCGCCUCUCCUCCGAAGCCACCUGUGCUGAUGACCCUAAUUUGUUGGAUCCGGCGCCGGAUGAAUCUGCUUACCGCCCUUCUUCUUCCGCGGAUGCUAUUUCUCACCGAUUCUGGGUAAAUGGCUGUUUAUCAUACUACGACAAAAUACCUGACGGAUUUUACUCCAUCCAUGGGAUGGAUCCAUAUGUCUGGGCUGUAUGCUCUGAUCUUCAGGAAAGUGGCCGAAUUCCAUCUCUUGAUUCAAUGAAGGCUAUUGAUCCUGCCACUAUGUCUUCUGUUGAAGUGAUUGUAGUUGACAGACGUGUUGAUCCUAGCUUGAGAGAGUUACAAAACCAGAUUCAUACAAAGUCAUCUAGUAGCCUUACAGCCAACGAAGUUGUUGACCAGCUUGCAAAGAUAGUUUGCACUCAUAUGGGGCAUGCAGCUUCUAAUGGGGAAGAGGACUUAAUUAAGAUAUGGAAACAGCAUAGUGAUAACUUGAAAGAUUGCUUGGGGUCAGUUGUUCUACCGAUUGGCAGUGUGUCUGUGGGCCUAUGCAAGCACAGAUCGUUACUAUUCAAAGUUUUAGCUGACAUUAUCGGACUACCAUGUCGGAUUGCGAAAGGAUGUAAAUUUUGUAAUCGAGAAGAUGGUUCCUCAUGUCUGGUUCGUUUUGAGCUGGACAGGGAGUAUCUUAUUGAUCUUAUUGAGAAACCAGGAUGCUUAAGUGAUCCCGAUUCAAUGUCAAAUGGUCCGUCUACCAUCUCAAUUUCUUCUCCACUGCGUUUUCCGCGAUCCAAGAAGGUGGAGCCUACAAUUGACUUCAGGUUGCUGGCAAAACAGUACUUCUUGGAAUUCCAAUCGCUUAACCAGAUAUUUGAUGAGUCAUUAGCAGCUGGACCUGUUACUGAUGCUGGUGCUGGUGAUCCCUUAUUCCCUAGACAAUCAGAGAAGAUUAAUGAUGACAGGACUGGCACUCCUCCAAGCUUAAGUAAGGAGGAGGAAGUUUCUCGCAAAUUAAUAGGUUCAACACCUUUAAAGCCCCCUCCUGCAGUCCGACAUAAUGGUUUGCCAGGUCCCAGAGGAAAUGGAAAUAAGGAUUGGAGGUCUAUUGGUGGAAAUAUGUUAUUUCAAACCAAAUCAAGUGCUGAACUAGCCUUUGAUAUCGAAGAGCUGAAGAUUCACUGGGAUGAUCUAGUUAUAAAGGAGAGAAUUGGGGCAGGUUCUUUUGGUACAGUUCAUCGUGCUGAAUGGAAUGAUUCGGAUGUAGCCGUGAAAAUUCUUAUGGAACAAGAUUUUCAUGCAGAGAGGUUCAAGGAAUUUUUACGAGAGGUGGCAAUCAUGAAAAGAUUGCGUCAUCCUAAUAUAGUGCUCCUUAUGGGAGCUGUGACAGAGCCACCAAACUUGUCCAUCAUAACAGAAUAUUUAUCCAGAGGUAGCCUGUAUAGACUUUUGCAUAAACAUGGUACAAGAGAGAUGUUGGAUGAGAGACGUCGGUUGAGUAUGGCUUAUGAUGUGGCAAAGGGGAUGAAUUAUCUUCACAAGCACAACCCUCCCAUUGUUCAUAGAGACUUGAAAUCUCCCAAUCUUUUAGUCGACAUAAAGUUUACUGUUAAGGUUUGUGAUUUUGGUCUUUCCCGUUUUAAAGCAAACACAUUUCUUUCUUCCAAGUCUGCUGCUGGGACUCCUGAGUGGAUGGCACCUGAAGUCCUCCGCGAUGAACCAUCAAAUGAAAAAUCAGACGUGUACAGUUUUGGUGUGAUUUUAUGGGAGCUUGCAACCUUGCAGCAACCAUGGGGUAACUUGAAUCCUGCACAGGUUGUAGCAGCAGUUGGUUUUAAAGGAAAGAGGCUUGAAAUUCCCGAGGAUAUGAAUCCUCAAGUUGCAGCCAUAAUCAUAUCUUGCUGGGCUAAUGAGCCCUGGAAACGGCCCUCCUUUUCCAGUAUUAUGGAAUCUUUGGCACCACUAAUUAAGUCUCCUUCGAGAACCAAACCAGCAAGCCGUGGAGAACUGACUUGAAGAUUUUGGACAUCAUUAAAAGCUCAUCUCAUUUUCUGCAUGGAUUCUUCUGAUCAAUUUUCUAGCACUAAAGAUACUGCUCGGACUGCAAGGUGUUCUUGUGUACAUAAAAGUUAGUUGAAAUUAUUGAGGAACUGACAUUUUUGCGAAAGUUGAAGGAGGUGUUAUCAUUCUGAAGGUACUCUGAGAAAUUGCAAUUCCUUUUACUAGUCAUUUAAAUGAAUUUGUCUAUGUACAUCAAUUAAAUCCAGAAACGAAAUUGUGUUCAUAUCAUUGUUAAUUUAUUUAGUGAUUUUGUACUUACA